GCCCUGAGUGAAAGAAACAUCCAGAGUGGGUUCAGAGCUACUGGAUUAGUUCCAUAUGAUCCAGAGCAGGUUCUUUCACGUCUCAACACCCAGAUGUGUACACCAACCCCCCCAGGAACCUCUCAUAGUUCCCAAUCCUCUUGGGUCACGGCCACACCACAUAAUAUACGCCAAGUGGAGCUCCAGGCUGAGAAGGUCAAGGGAUAUAUGCAGCAGUGCAUGCAGGGUCCAUCCAGUCCGACCAAUCGAGCUCUGAAUCAGUUGAUCAAGGGAUGUUGUAUGGCCAUGCACAGUGCUGCCAUUCUGGCAGCAGAAAACAGGGCACUGAAGGCUGCAAAUGAGAAGCAAAAGAGAAAGCAAGAGAGGCGCCGUACAUAUAUAGGACAGGAAGAUGCUUUAACUAUUGAAGAAGGGAUAGAUCGUGUACGAAGAGCUAAUGAAGAGGAGAGUAGGGUGGUUGAGGUUACUGAGGAAAGACCACAAAAACGUGCUGCACGUCAGUGCAGUAUAUGUGGAACAGUUGGGCAUACUGCCCGUACAUGCUCCCAGCGUACAAGAAAUAGUUCUUAA